AAAAACACAUUGGCAACAAAUAUUUCAUCACACAUUUAAAUUAUCACAAAAAGUUUAGAAAAUUCACAAAAAUGGUUGAAGAACAGAGCCGAAGAAUCGAACAUGAAAUAACAAAAAUUGUCGACGACUUGGACAAAAGUUUUUUACGAAAAAUGCAAGUUGAGAUGCAUUUAUGUGCCGCCAAGUGUUGCGAAAAUCAAACUGCCAGUCUGGAUUCCGUUCAAUCGUGUGUCGAAAGAUGCUCCUUGCCGCUGACUCGCUCCCAGAAUUACGUUCAAAACGAGUUGCAAUAUUUCCAAAAACGACUACAGCGAUGCGUCAUGGACUGCAAUGACUCGGUGCGAGAUCGAAUGCCGGCAUCGCCAUCAAAUGACGACAUCUCCAAAUACACAAAUGAAUUUGAGAAAUGUGCAAAAGUUUGUGUUGACAAGCAAAUUGGGCUUUUACCGAAUAUUGUGAAAAAAAUUAAGAGCACAUUGGCAAAGGGAAAUAUUCCAGAUACAGUUUCAGACUAAAAAUUGAAAAAAAUUAUAGAUUUUUAGAGUUAAUGUAGGAAGUUAUUUACAAAUAAUUUCAUGAAAGAAUAUAAUAAAAUUUCAAAUUUAAAAAAAAAAAUAAUUUAAUAUUUUUUUGCCAAUU